UUUUAGAAAAUCGUUUCUAUUUCCUGAUGGAUAUGAUUAAUCAUUGGUACUGUCAUCUGUGACCCUCAAGAGAUCGACUGUCCUCUGAGACAGGGUGUCAAUUUGGCUUGUAUCUCCCCCAGCAGGUGGAUAUAGUUCCUCGUCACUGGUUAUCACUAAGGUCCACAUAUCUCCGUUGAUAUGCCUCGAUCGGACAACACCAGCUAUGAGGCUGACGGGGAAACACAGCGGCUCCUUCCAGACGGCAAGAUGGCGGCCACGAAGGAGUAUGAGAAGUCAAUGAAUGAUUUUUCGGGUUCUGAGAAGUCACGAAGCAAACCCAACGUGACGUUUGGCGCCACCAAAGUGUUUGUGGUGAUGUCCAUCCUGAUCUGCGAGUUGUGUGAGCGCCUGACGUACUACAGCAUUGUCGCCAACCUCAUCCUGUUCUGCACCAGCACCCUGAAGUACAGCAGUCCAGAUGCAGCCACCAUCAGUCUCGUCUUCUCAGGCGUGGUGUACUUCAUCCCCGUGGCCGGAGGCUACAUCGCCGACUCCAUGGCAGGUCGAUACAACACCAUCCUAGGAGCAGGCCUGAUCUACCUCAUAGGUCUUGUGAUGAUCCCAGCCUCCGCUAUAGACUAUAAAAGCAUGUUCGGUAGGUCGGAGGAUGGGUCGGCCUAUGACAUGACACAGGAGGCGAGACGAGGAUUCUUCCUGGGAGGUCUGGCGUUUGUAGCUAUCGGAACUGGUGGUAUCAAGGCCAACGUCGGGCCCUUCGGAGCCCAGCAGGUUGAGGGUCUUGGUGAAGCUGCCGUUCAGUCCUUCUUCAACUGGUUCUACUGGUUCAUCAACGCCGGAGCUCUGGUCGCCUACUCUGGGGUAGCUUACCUUCAACAGAACUACAGCUGGGCCUGGGGCUUCUCCGUCCCUCUGUUCAGCAUGGUCCUGGCUCUCGUUGUAUUUGUCCUGGCCAGAAGUCGAUACGAGCACCUGCCUCCUGGAGAGAGCGUGCUGGCCACGGUGUUCAAUGUGUGGCGUAAAGGCUGUGGCGACUUUGAGCGGGUGAGGAAGAGGAACGGCGGGACGAUUAAUGACGCGACUGUAGAUGGCGCUGUCAGUGUGUUGAGAGUCAUGCCUGUGUAUCUACUCAUGAUCUUCUACUGGGCCAUCUACUCCCAGAUGCAGUCAACGUUCUUCUUGCAAGCUGAGAGGAUGAACGUCAAGGUGGGGGACAUCAAGAUCCCCGCCGCCAUGCUGAACAUCUUCAACACCAUCAUCAUCCUGCUGCUAAUCCCCCUUGUGGACCGUGUCUUAUAUCCUUGCUUCGAAAGGAUGGGUCGUCCUCUCACACAUCUCCAGCGAAUGGGUGUCGGUCUCUUGCUUGCUGGGGGAUCCGUGGUAGUGGCGGGGAUAGUGGAGAUCUACAGGAAGAAGGACAUCGCUGCCAACGGCGCCGUCGUCCAGGUGCUGGGGCAUGAGAGGUUCAACGCAUCCUCAAUGUCGGUGUUCGUACAGAUCCCAGAGUAUGCCUUUGUGGGAGCAAGCGAAGUAUUUGCCAGCAUCACAGGUCUGGAAUUCGCCUUCACACAAGCGCCCCCGUCCAUGCAGGGGCUCCUUACAGGGCUGUUCCUCAUGACUUCCGGAUUAGGCAGCUUCGUAUCGUCAGCCAUUCUCAAAAUUGUCGAAGCUGCCACAAAAGCUGAUCCCUGGUUCCCUGACGACAUCAACAACGGAAAGGCGGAGUAUUUAUUUUUCCUGUUGGGCGGCCUGAUGCUCCUCAACUUCUUCGGCUUUGUGCUGGUAGCGCGCUGGUACAAGUAUCUGCCUGCCCCCUCUGAGGAGGAGGACACGGGCCCCGACCAGCUGAAAGGCGUGGAUAACGACGGUUACACCAUCUGUUACGACGAGAAGGACGUCGUAAACACGAAAAUCUGAUAUAUGUUCAAAGCAUGUCGUCGCAGUUUCCUUGGAUGGAAACUUCUGACAAGGAUCCUACGCUCAUGUGAUCGUUACUUCCUGUACGCCAAAGACUAGAUGAUUCGCGUUUACAUACAAUCAGAAUCUGAUAGACUGCACACCUUGGCCAGCCAUGGACUGCAUGGAUACCGCGCCUUGUACCACACUGGUCAACCCUGGACUUUGGCUGAUAGCGGAUUCAUUUGCUGGAGAUUGUUAUAGAACAUUAGCACUGGCACAAUAUCAUGUACAUAUACGGAUUUAUCUUGUCACGUCUUCGUAGGCUGACGUCGUCGUGCGUGCUACAAUGACGAUCAACAACACUGAAAUACCGUACAAUUAUGUUUAUCUUGAAUAAUAAAAAAUAUACAAUGUUCCAAAA